GUGUCCUGGGCCCUGCUCCCACAUUCAUCCUCAGGUUUGCAGAUCUUGGCACAUACUGAACAGUUGGGGAAAUUGAAAAGGAGACAUCUCAAACAGAGGCCAAGAACUUAAGAGAUCUGGCCCCAGCUUGGCCUCUAACCAGUUGUGUCAUCCUGGUGGGCCUCCGUUUCCCUGCUUGGAAUCCAGGACUUCUCUGGUCCCUUUUCUCUGAGCUUCUCCAAGUCUCUCUUUGGUUCCUGGUCAGUCGGCCUUCCCAUCAUGGAAACUGAACCUGGUGGGAUCUGGAGAGGCUCAGGCUGCCCAGUGGGCUCAGGCCCAGAGCCCAGAGCAACCAGCACAAUAGCGUCCAACAGCUGGAAUGCCAGCAGCAGCCCCGGGGAGGCCCGGGAGGAUGGGCCCGAGGGCCUGGACAAGGGGCUGGACAACGACGCAGAGGGCGUGUGGAGCCCGGACAUUGAGCAGAGCUUCCAGGAGGCCCUGGCCAUCUACCCGCCCUGCGGCCGCCGCAAGAUCAUCCUGUCGGACGAGGGCAAGAUGUAUGGUCGAAAUGAGUUGAUCGCACGCUAUAUUAAAUUGAGGACGGGGAAGACUAGGACGAGAAAACAGGUGUCCAGCCACAUACAGGUUCUAGCUCGGAAGAAGGUGCGGGAGUACCAGGUUGGCAUCAAGGCCAUGAACCUGGACCAGGUCUCCAAGGACAAAGCCCUCCAGAGCAUGGCGUCCAUGUCCUCCGCCCAGAUUGUCUCGGCCAGCGUCCUACAGAACAAGUUCAGCCCACCCUCCCCUCUGCCCCAGGCCGUCUUCUCUACUUCCUCACGGUUUUGGAGCAGCCCCCCUCUCCUGGGACAGCAGCCUGGACCCUCUCAGGACAUCAAGCCCUUUGCACAGCCAACCUACCCUGUCCAGCCGCCCCUGCCACCGACGCUCAGCAGUUACGAGCCCCUGGCCCCGCUCCCCUCAGCUGCUGCCUCUGUGCCUGUAUGGCAGGACCGCACCAUCGCCUCCUCCCGGCUGCGGCUCCUCGAAUAUUCUGCCUUCAUGGAGGUGCAGCGAGAUCCUGACACGUACAGCAAACACCUGUUUGUGCACAUCGGCCAGACGAACCCCGCCUUCUCAGACCCGCCCCUGGAGGCAGUGGAUGUGCGUCAGAUAUACGACAAGUUCCCUGAGAAGAAGGGUGGCCUGAAGGAGCUCUAUGAGAAAGGGCCUCCCAAUGCCUUCUUCCUCGUCAAGUUCUGGGCCGACCUCAACAGCACCAUCCAGGAGGGCCCAGGCGCCUUCUAUGGGGUCAGCUCCCAGUACAGCUCGGCCGACAGCAUGACCAUCAGCGUCUCCACCAAGGUGUGCUCCUUUGGCAAGCAGGUAGUGGAGAAGGUGGAGACUGAGUAUGCCAGGCUGGAGAACGGGCGCUUUGUGUACCGUAUCCACCGCUCGCCCAUGUGUGAGUACAUGAUCAACUUUAUCCACAAGCUCAAGCACCUGCCAGAGAAAUACAUGAUGAACAGCGUCCUGGAGAACUUCACUGUCCUGCAGGUGGUCACCAGUCGGGACUCCCAGGAGACCCUGCUCGUCAUUGCUUUCGUCUUUGAAGUCUCCACCAGCGAGCACGGAGCUCAGCACCAUGUCUACAAACUCGUCAAAGACUAGGGUGCCCUCAGCCCCCACCACCACCGCCACCAGCACCAGGAUCCAGGACGAGUAUCUUUCCCACACACCUGCCUGGUCCCCCCACCCCAGGGGUCCAGAGUGGAGGACUCAUCCACCUGCCAGGCCACAGGCCCAGGACCCGGGAGGCCUCCCCAGCCACCCCUGCACGUCCACUCCCUGCCACUGUUCUGCGCUUUCAUUGAAGGAGGAGAGAGGCGGGGCUCAGCGCCGGGGCAGCCCGGCCGGACGCUGACCACCGUCACCAACUCUGCCCAGCCUCGAAAGACUGGGAGGAUGCCUUCCAGCUCAGGGGUGCGUGGCUGCUGACCUUUCAGGGGACGGUGGUGGGCGAGGAGCCGGAGUGCAGAGGCCCCGGAUGAGGGAGCAUCGAGCUGGGGUCGUGUUGGGAAGAGAGAGGGCCUGUGCUUUCUCUGUGCCUGCAGUGUGCCAGGCCUGGGGCAGGCCCCCACAUGCCAUCCUCAGACCCUGAAGGGCGAGAGUGGGGCUCAGUGUCUCCAUUGAGGGACCCGGGGGAGAGGAGGGCGAGUUGGGAGUCCUCUCCCAGGGCAGCCUGUCCCUAAAAGCCCAGGUUUACACUACCUCCAUGGGGUGGGGGCCAGCCACAGGGGCCAGAGGGAGUCUGCACUGAAGGGCCAGGGUAGCUGGGGUGGGUGUCCAAACAGACCCCAGGGCCCUACCAGCCUGCAAAUCCAGGCCCUGGGGGCUUCCUGGUCAGAUCCCAAGCUGCCCGGCCUGGUCCCAGCCCACCCCUGAGAAGCCUCCCUGUGGGCAAAGGUUCCCAGGGCCAGGCCCGGGCUCCAAAACAGGCUGGAGGGUCAGGUCCGAGGAUGGAGUCCCAGCCCCUGGGGAAGACCCAUGGCCCGGGGACAACGGACAGCAGAAAGGUUUGACAGUUUCUCUUGCCUGAGACUUGCAUCUGGUGGUGAACCCUCGGGGGAUGCCGUUCUCUUCUGUUCUCCCCACCUCGGUCUCUCUGGCCUGGAGCGGCGGCUCCCUGCACCCAGACCUGGGACUGCUGGGUAUCCCUCCCCAUCACCCGGGCCCCUCUGCCUCCAGCUGCCGCCCGUGGGUAUUUAUGAGUUUCAUAUGAAGUACUGUGCCCCUUCCUUCCGCCGCCCCUGAGCUUCCUGAAGGUCCUCACAGUUUGCAUAUUGCUCAGGCCACCUCCAAACCCAACCUAGGUUUUAUAAUGUAUAUUAUAUAUUUUUUGUGUAUUUUUUAAAAUCCAGCUGUGAUGGGUUAUAUCAUACAUGUGGCACAAGGCUGGGGCAGAAGGCCUGAAGGCCCGGCUCCUGCUUAAAAAAAAAAAAAAAAAAAAGAAUUAAAGUUAUUUGUUUGUGGGCUA